GCCCCUGGCGCGAGAUUCUCGGAGAACAGAAUAGCAGUCUCAACCACAAGGCGCAUCUUACAUCGGUCUCUUGAAAGAAUGAGUUUCAGCGGAAAGCAAAAACACAGCCAGCAGAAGUCCAAUGAGAAUAUGAAGAGCUUUUUUACACCAUCUCAAAAGACAAUGGGACCCCUCAGGCAAACCCUGCAAGUCCUCCAACCAUCAGCUGGCAAAAAUCUGGGAAGGUCAGCUCAGUUGGGAAAGGUAAUUCCCAAACGCAAACAGUGGAGCACAGAACUAACUAGAGGUCCAAAGAGGGUGAAGGCUGAAGUUAAAUCAACACAAACCGAAAGUCAGUUGACCGAUGGCAUUUCCAAUGAAGCAUAUGAACUUAUGGUCGUAGAAACGGCUCCGUCCUCGUACUGGAAAGAAAUGGCUGAAGAGCGUCGGAAGGCCUUGUACAAUGUUCUACAGGAGAAUGAGAAGUUACACAAAGACAUUGAGGCCAAAGAUGAACAGAUAACCCAGCUGAAGUGUGAAAAUGAAGAGCUGCAGGAGCUGGCACAACACGUACAGUACAUGGCUGAUAUGAUUGAGAGGCUGACCGGGAAGAGCCCAGACAAUCUAGAGGAAAUGAGGGGUAUUGCGCUUGAUGUAGAUGAGCAUGACGGUGAAGUGGCAGGUCAAAGUGAGGAAAGAGACUCUGAUUACAGCCUGGAUGAUUCUGAGGAAGAGACCUCAGACCAUGAACAAGGACCAUCACGAGAGCUGGAUUAACUGACAACUUGUAUUUCAUGGGACUUUGAACUGCUUGUACAGGUCAGCAGAUUUUAGCUACA